AUGCCCGGAUCACGGAGGGCCGGGUCCUCCCGAGGUCCUAGAGCUGCCCGGAAGUGUCUCUGGAUCGCUUCCGAGGACCUGGCCCUGCUUCCGGCGUAGCAGGGGUCCCGCUCUCCGCCAGGCCGCUGUGUGCCGGAUUGCGCGUUCAGUUGCAGCUGGGACCUUUCCUCUGGGCUGCCUGAUCACGAGGGAGGAAACAGCGAUGUCUGCCGUGGGGACUGCAUCUCCAUACCUGCAUUACCCUGGUGACAGUCACAGCAGCCGGGUGAGUUUCCUGGGGGCCCAGCUCCCCCCAGAAGUGGCAGCAAUGCCCCGGCUCCUGGGGGACCUGGACAGGGGCACAUUCAGAAAGUUGUUGAAGCUGGUGGUCAGCAGUCUGCAGGGAGAGGACUGUCGGGAGGCUGUGCAGCGCCUCAGGGCUGGCGCAGACCUGCCGGAGGAAAGGCUGGGCGCCCUCCUAGCCGGCACAAACACACUGCUCCAGCAGGCCCUCCGGCUGCCCCCAGCCAGCCUGAAGCCCGAUGCCUUCAAAGACCAGCUCCGGGAGCUCUGCAUCCCCCAGGACCUGGUCAUGGACUUGUCCAGCGUGGUGUUUGGGAGCCAGCGGCUUCUCCUCAACUCUGUGGCCAGGCGGCAGGGGACCUGGCUGCCCCAUGUUGCCAGCUUGUGGUGGAGGGUGGAUGUGGCAAUCUCCACCAGUGCCCUGGCCCGCUCCCUGCAGCCGAGUGUCCUAAUGCAGCUGAAGCUUUCAGAUGGGUCAGCAUACCGCUUCGAGGUCCCCACAGCCAAGUUCCAGGAGCUGAGGUACGGCGUGGCCCUAGUCCUGAAGGAGAUGGCGGACCUGGAGAAGAGGUGUGAGCUCAAACUGCAGGACUGACCCGUGCUUGCAGUCCCAUUCCAGUCACUCGGGGGUGGCUGGCCCCGAUAGGCAUCUCCAAAGUGAAGCCUGUCCUUCCAGGAAGCAUUUUUCAGUGAGAUGUUUGAACGUAAUGAUGUCAUUCUGUGUUUAAUUAAGAAAGACAACUUUUUCUUCCCUUUGUACUGGAAAUAAAGCAACUAUAAAAAAACAAAACCAAA